AUGGCGACCCCGUUCCUUAUCUCCCACGACCCCUCCUCCCCCACCUCCGACUCCGGACUUUCGCUCAAGCAGAUCGCCUACUUCGGCCGCGUACUGAUCAAGGUCUCGAGUCUCGCUCAGGCAGAGCAAUUCCUGCGCCAGAACUUCCGCACGCUCGAUGUCUUCGUCGACGCAACUGAAAUCUCCUCCGCUGGUGAUCUCGUCGAUAUCCUCAACGCUGGUGCCGCCAAGAUCUUGAUCAACUUGGACCAAUUGACCACCCUCUCCGAAGAACAAUCCGUGCCCUCCUCCCGUUUGCUUGUCAACGCCCUGUCAGACUCCGAAUUGGAUACUUUCCAGCAAUGGAUUGCUGCCAAUGCCGAGCGCAGCGAAGCUAGCGUCUGCACUACACCCUCCACCAUCUCCGCCGCCGCCGAGAAAUUGAAGAUUAGCUCGGACUCCCCACGGCUCUUCACAACCUUCGGUACUCAGGCAGUUUCGGAGGAUGCCAUUACACAAGUCACAAAGCAGGGUGCGAUUGCUGUCGUCCCCUCACAGGCAUUGACCGUUGAGCGGGAUGUGGCUGGCCAGAUCUCUGCCGCUAAGCUUAUUGCGUCGACCGCUGUUACUGACCAGGCCAAUGGUCUGUAUGCCACUUCGGUCACUGAUGAGCGGGGAGCCUGUCUGGGCUUUGUUUGGAGCAGUGACGAGAGCAUUGUUGAGGCUUUGCGUACUGGCACCGGUGUUUACCAGAGCCGGAAGCGCGGUCUUUGGUACAAGGGCCAGUCCAGCGGCGAUGUACAGGAGUUGAUCCGCAUUGGCUUCGAUUGUGAUGCCGACUGUUUGGUCUUUGUUGUGAAGCAAAUUGGACGUGGAUUCUGCCACCUUGGUACUGAAACCUGCUUCGGUGCAUCUUCUGGUCUGUCUCGUCUCCAGAAGACUUUGGACGCCCGCAAGGCGGAUGCUCCGGCUGGAUCAUACACCGCGCGUUUAUUCAAUGAGCCCAAGCUCAUCGAUGCUAAGAUCAUGGAGGAGGCUGAUGAGCUGUGCCGUGCGAAGACCAAGGAGGAGGUUGCUUUCGAGGCCGCCGACCUGUUUUACUUUGCCCUGACCAAGUGCACUGCUGCCGGUGUUAGCCUGGAGGAUAUCGAGCGCAACCUUGACUUCAAGAGCUUGAAGGUGAAGCGGAGAAAGGGUGACGCUAAGGGACCUUGGGCUGAGAAGGCUGGUCUGGCCAAGUCCGAGUCAAAGCCUGCCCCUGCCCCUGCGCCCGCACCCGCCCCGGUCGAGGAUCGCACGUCCCGAAUCGAAAUGAAGCGUGUUAUCACUGCCUCUACUACUCCCCAGGUGGUCAGCGAGUAUCUUAAGCGUCCUUCCCAGAAAUCUAACGAAGCCAUUGUCAACCUGGUGAAGCCAAUCAUCCAGGAUGUCCGCGAUGGCGGCGACGCUGCAGUUCUCAAAUACACCCACAAGUUCGAGAAGGCUACAUCACUCACCUCCCCAGUUAUCCACGCGCCAUUCCCCGCUGAGCUCAUGAAGCUGUCCCCCGAUGUCCAGGAGGCAAUUGAUAUCAGCAUUGGAAAUAUCGACCGCUUCCACUCCGCACAGAAGGGAAGCAAUGACGCCCUCCAGAUGGAGACCAUGCCCGGUGUGGUCUGCUCUCGCUUCUCGCGCCCCAUUGAGCGUGUUGGUUUGUACAUCCCCGGUGGUACCGCUGUGCUGCCCUCCACUGCCAUGAUGCUGGGUGUUCCCGCCAUGGUGGCAGGCUGCAACAAGAUCCAUCUCCCCGAAAUCGUCUACGUCGCCCACAAGGUCGGCGCUGAGAGCAUCGUGCUGGCCGGUGGUGCUCAGGCCGUGGCCGCCAUGGCCUACGGUACCGAGAGCAUCACCAAGGUCGACAAGAUUCUUGGUCCCGGCAACCAGUUCGUGACGGCCGCAAAGAUGUUCGUGUCCAAUGAUACCUCCGCAGGCGUCAGCAUCGACAUGCCCGCCGGUCCCAGUGAAGUCCUCGUGAUCGCCGAUAAAACCGCCGUCCCGGCCUUUGUUGCAUCCGAUCUUCUCAGUCAGGCCGAGCACGGCGUCGACUCACAGGUGAUCCUCAUCGCCGUCGACUUGAACGAGGCCGAGCUACGUGCCAUCGAAGACGAGGUCGAUGCCCAGGCCAAGGCCCUGCCCCGUAUGGAUAUCGUCCGCGGCUCCCUCGCGCACUCCAUCACCUUCGUCGUGCGGGACAUCAACGAGGCCAUGGCCCUUAGCAACGACUACGCACCCGAGCACCUGAUCCUGCAGGUUGAGAACGCCGAGUCUCUUGUCAAGGAUGUCAAGAACGCCGGCAGUGUCUUCAUCGGCGCCUGGACUCCCGAGAGUGUUGGCGAUUACUCCGCGGGAGUCAACCACUCGCUGCCUACCUACGGCUACGCCAAGCAGUACUCGGGUGUCAACCUCGGCUCCUUCCUGAAGCACAUCACGAGCUCUAACCUGACCGCCGAUGGCCUGCUCGGUCUCUCCAAGACGGUUGAGACCCUCGCCGCUGUGGAAGGCUUGGAGGCGCACAAGCGUGCCGUCAGCAUUCGUGUUGCCCACAUGAAGAAGAACCAGUCAUAGGUCAGG